CUUGCUGGGAAGAAAAGCAGCAGCAGCAGCAUCAGCAUCGAACAAUCAUCACCACUAACACCACCGAAUCGUAGUAGUGUUAGCUGUGAAAGCAAAGUUUCUUUGAUUUGACUAUCAAAUUUGUGUUGCAGAAGAACUCUGCACAUUUUACUUUCCCUCUUCGCAAUCCAUCUUUCACGUGACGCCUGUUUAUUACUGCCUGAAGGGGAAAAAGAAAGAAAAAGAAAAAAACUUUUCUCUUUACUUCUUCUUCUGGGGUUGUUUUUCUUCCAAAUUUGGAUCCACCUGAUCUCUCCCAUUCCGGAUCCACCACUACCAGAUCUCACUUCCCAAUUUCACUUCACCAUUUGCAAUUUCAGGGUUUGCUUGGAGCUGUUGCAAACUUCUGCCGGGAUUGGCUUGGUUUCUUCUGUUUCGAGAGAGUUUUGACUUCGCUCGAAACGCAAAAUUUCGAGGAAUGGCGGUUUUUUGACUUGGCAUUCUUUACUUGAGACUUCAGAGAAGUUGAGUUUUGACUUCAGUUAGUCUUUCAUGUGCCCCAGUUGACUUCUAGGGAUAAUAGCUGAUUUUUUGGGGGCACUUUGUUAACAAUUUCAGCGUCAAAUCGAUUUUGGGGGCACUUUGGUUUCGAUCAUAACUUGAUAUUAGAGAUUGUUUCAGUGUUCAUUCACGAGGUGGGUUUUUAGUUUGGAGGCAAAUCGGCGCAAUUUAGGUUGAAUUUGGAAUGAAAUUAGCUGCCUUUCAGGUAACACAUUGAUCAAGCCGAGAAAUUUAGUUAAAAGUAGGUUUCUUGCCGCAAUACUGGGUCGAAAGCCUUUGAUUGGCUUGGGGUUUGUGGUUUUCGAGAUGGCGUGUUUGAAGCUGGGGAACUUGGAGGAGUUUGAUUGAUAAUUACUUGAAGAUUUGAUAAGAUGCCUCCUUCGCCGGCAGUGAGAUGCUCCCCUGGGAGGGAGCUGAGGGCAGAAAAUCACAAGAGAGGACGUAGUCUUGAAAGUGGGAUUCUCUUCAGACAAAGGGAUGAUGAUCUUGCUCUUUUUAAUGAGGUGCAGAGCAGGGAGAGAGACAAUUUCUUGCUUCAGUCAAAUGAUGACUUUGAAGACUUGUUCUCGAACAAAUUAAGAUACUUCUCCGAUUAUAAGCUUGGCAUCAACAUUCCUGCUCGUGGGGAGAGUAGUGACCUACUCAAUGCCGAAGGAGACAAGAAUGAUUAUGACUGGUUGUUGACUCCUCCUGAUACUCCACUUUUUUCAUCCUUGGAUGAGGAGGCAAUGCCAAUCAACCGUGCACAGAGGGGCAGGCCUCGAAGUCAACCCAUUUCAAUUUCAAGAUCAUCAACUAUGGAAAAGAGUAAUAGAAGUAGUAGAGGUAGUGCAAGUCCAAAUCGUCUUAGUCCAUCUCCUCGAUCUAGUCAUAGUACGUAUCAAUCACGAGGCAGGCAAUCUCCUGGGCCACAUUCAAGUCCACCUCCUAGUUUACGACCUUCUACUCCGACUAGGAGACCAUCACCACCACCAAGUAAACCAUCAACUCCUGCUCAAAGGUCUUCUACCCCCACUCUUCGGAGGAUGAGCACCGGCUCUAGUUGCCCUGCGGCUCCAUCCAGAGUAAGGGGUAGUUCCCCUGUGAAGACGAGUAGGGGAAAUUCUGCAUCACCAAAAAUAAAAGCAUGGCAAGCCAAUAUUCCUGGCUUUUCUUCAGAGGCACCUCCCAACCUUCGGACUUCAUUGGCUGAUCGGCCUGCCUCAUAUGUGCGGGGAACUUCACCAGCAUCUAGAAAUGGCUCAAAAUCUGGCAGACAAUCAAUGUCUCCAACUGCUUCUCGAAGCGUUUGUUCAUCAUAUAGUCACGAUAGGGACAGAUUUAGGUCCCAGAGUAAAGGUUCAAUUGCAUCUUCUGGUGAUGAUGAUGUAGACUCUCUACAAUCAAUUCCCAUUAGCAGCUCAGACCAUUCAGCUCUUAGGAGUGUCAGUACAUUCUCGAAUCGUAGGGAUCUGAGCUCUUCAAAGAAGCCCACAAAAAUAGUAACUUCCAGCUCUGCGCCAAAAAGAUCCUUUGACAUUGCAAUUCGACAAACGGAUAAUAGAAAAGGCUCUCCGCAUAAUAUGUUCAGGCCUCUUUUAUCUAGUGUCCCCAGUUCAAGCUUUUAUGCUGGUAAAUCAAGUGCUGCUCAUCGGGCUGUCAUAUCUAGAAAUUCUUCUGUCACAACUAGCAGUAAUGCAAGCUCUGAUCUGGGAACCAGUGGUGCGCACGAUACUGAAGGUAGUGAACAUAACCAGGAGGGUAUUACCAACGCCUGCAUAAAGGCACCAUACCAUGACAUACAAGAAGAAGUAUUUGCCUUCGACAAGGCUGAUUCCAUAGAUGACAAAUCUGUAGAUAAGAAUAAUGAGAAAUUGUCAGACAGGCAUGAUGAAGAUGAUGGCCAUCUUGUGUUGGAUUCUCAUGUAGUUGGUGAUGGAAGUUCUACCCACCAGGAUAAAGGAUUGGAAAUUUCAGUUGCUUCUGAAGUCUUCGAUGUGAAAGGUGACUGUCAAGAUGUACAUAGUUUUGAGGAGCCUCUACUCUGCUCCAGAUGUGGUUGCAGGUAUCAUGCCAUUGAAGAAAUUGAUGGGGACCUAAAACUUUGUAGAAACUGCAGAAGUGCAGAAAUACUUUCUGUUCUAUCACCCAAAACAGUGAUUGCUGUUGAGAACUUACCAGCUGUCUCUGCAAAAGUUUUAGAUCAUGGAUCAGUGGAUGCUUUUGCUCCAUCUGCAGCAAUGCUUGUAUCUUUAGCUGUAAAUGCUAUGGAUGAACCAGGAACUGAAUGCCAUACUGAGCCGAAUGCUAAUCUACCAGAGAGUUCUGGUGCACUAGGUGAGCUGAAUCUUGUCAGCCAGCAAGUCGGAAGUCAACCAACUUUAAGUGGCAACACAAUACUUAAUGAUGAGAUUGUUGCUCAGCAAUUGCAGAACAACAGUGGCUAUUCAAAUUUAAAGGCCGAUGUUUCAGAAGGUGCAGGUAUUUCUCUAUUGUUGACACCACACAGUGUCAAGGGGCCUAUCAUAAGGAGUAGGACUUUUACUGCCACCAGCAUAACUUGUGAUGACUUUUCCUAUGUGAGAGACAGUGCAACAAGCACAAGAAGCUCCUUUGGGUAUGGUACUGCCUCUGCAUCCUCUUCUCUUGACUUGGGAUCGAGUAGACAAACUGAAGCUCGUGCUCAAAGGCAAUUAAGUAGCAGGAAGUCGGACACUGAAAAUUACAGAUAUGAGAUGUACUCAAAGCACCAACGCUCAGUCUCAUCUUUGUCUGGAACUUCAACUCAUGGUUUCCAAGCUUCAAGUCUUGCAACAAGCUCUCAUGACGAAAGUCUUGAGGUAUCUGCGGCCGUCCAUGUGGAAAGAAUUAAUCUGGAGGUGACUCGUGUUCCUCUCCAAGACCUUUCACUUGCUUCAGAAAGUAUAGAGUUGGACAACAUGAGCACUGAUAUUGAAAGUGAUAGCAAUUUGAGAACAGUUUCAGAGCUGUCAAGCCAUACAGCAAACAUCCAUCUAGGAGAUGCUUAUGUGAAAUCAGCUUCAAAUAUUGAAGAGCCUGCUUUGCAUGAGCAUGUUGAAGAAUUGGCAAAUGAUUCUCAGGGUGGCAUCAGUUUAGAAGCAUCAUCUACAUAUCCUGAGACUUGUCAGGAGGAAGAUUGCUUGUCAAAUGCUUCUACUGACCGUCUGGAUGUUGCAGAGGUUCCCAACUUGAGCUCUUUGGAUGCUAUAUCAGAGUUGGAAUCUGAGAAUGAUCAUGUGAUUUCUCCUGAUUCUGUAUUUGAUAUGGACUCCCAAAAUUCAAGAAGCAGCAUGGAUGGCUUGCAGGAUCCUUCUCAUCGCAUUGUGUCCUCUCAUGACAUAUCAGCUUCUAUUGAAGAAUCUGUCAACCAAGAUCAUGUGCACUGCAUUCUUGUGUUGACAGAAGAAUCAACUGUCAUGCUAGAAGGCCAAGGAGACACCCACACUAGGAGCUUGACACUAGAAGAAGCAACAGAUAGUAUACUCUUCUGCAGCUCCAUCGUCCACAAUCUGGCCUAUGAGGCUGCAAGUAUUGCAAUAGAGAAAGAAAACUACACCCAGUUGGAGGGUUCCAGGCCAGCAGUAACUAUCGUUGGAAAAACAAAUCCUGACAGAAGGGAAUCACGUACCAGAAUUGUGUCCAAGCGCAAUACUAAGCCCCAAAAGGCUAGGCAAAGGCGGCUAGAAACAGACUCAAAACCCCCUCCUAGCAACAUUGCAUCUGAUGAGAAAAGUGAUGUUUCUACUGCUCGUAUUGUUGGGUCUCCUGCUAGGGGUGAUAGUGUGAAACCUCCAAAGCUGGAAUCCAAGUGUAACUGUGCAAUUAUGUAAGCUUUCUUCCAGAAAAGAUUGCUGUGCUUGUCACAAGGUUGCUUGGGGUGCUCCAGUCAACUUAAUUUUGUUGAAGGCCGAGAAUUUUUAAUUCAAUGGGGAGAUGUUUGGAUAACUACCAAUUGCAUUUUGUUGUUUGCAAGUAAUUCGUAAGAAAUAUGUCAUUGUAAAGUUGUAGUUCUUAUUAGGCGGAUGAUAGCUGAAGGCUCUGGUAGGUUGUUUAUUGUUCCACUUGCCAUAUUCUUGUUAGCAUUUGUAUUUGAUUCCAACCCUUUACUAGAGAGCAAGCGGUAAUUCUUUUGCUGUGCUGCUAUAGAAAUGUUUAUUCAAGCACUAGCAUUUCUGUUCAGUGUAAUUGUGGCUGAUAAAAUUUGAUUCAUUCUUGUCAUUUGCUUUUGUAUUCUUAUUGGAGAUGAUAGAUAAACCUUGGGAUGUUACUGGAAAGUAUAGGCAGGCACUCGUGCCUUUUCUUGGA